CCACCAAUUCAUGGACUAACAAAUACAAUACAUCAGUUACUCCUUAGCAUAAGCAGUUUGACAAAAAAUGGCAGACAAUUCAGUAGCUUCCAUGGAUGAAGCAGCUCGUGUAUCGCCUAAAGGAAGACGUGGAGGCUGGAUCACCUUCCCCUUCAUCAUAGGGACAAUGGGUUGCUUAACUCUUGCAUCCGGAGGCGUGGUGGCAAACCUGAUCGUAUAUUUGAUCCAAGAAUUCAACAUCAAGAGCAUAAGUGCUGCUAAGAUUUAUAACUUUGUGAAUGGAAGCAUCACCCUCUUCCCUAUUGUUGGUGCAGUCAUAGCAGACUCCUUUGUGGGCUGCUUCUCUGUCAUCUGGUUUUCGUUGGUCAUCUCUCUGCUCGGUGCAGUUAUUCUUGUUCUAACAGCGGCCGUUGAUCACCUGAGGCCUCCAGCAUGCGAAGAUGGAUCGAAUCUAUGCAGGUAUCCAUCACACCUUCAAUUCACAGUCCUGUAUCUUGGGCUGGCUCUAGCAUCCCUAGGGACUGCAGGCACGCGUUUCACUAUUGCAACGAUGGGAGCAGAUCAGUUCGACAGCCCAAAGCAUCAAGGGAUUUUCUUUAACUGGUACAUCUUCACAAUGUACACAGCCACAGUUGUUAGCUCAACUGCCAUAGUGUAUGUACAAGACAAUUUCAGCUGGACAUGGGGUUUCACCAUCUCUGCAGUGGCUAAUGUGCUUGGUUUAGCACUUCUCUUAUCUGGGACACGCUCCUACCGCCUCCUGAAGCCUCAGGGAAGCCCGUUCACGAGCCUAGCACGCGUAGCUGUUGCAGCUGUAAGCAAAAGGAAAAUGACCCUUUCAGAGAAGAAUGAAGAUUACUACCAAGACUCCACAAAAACAGCACCUAACCAGCCUUCACAAUUUUUCAGGUUCUUGAACCGUGCAGCGCUGCAAAGGGAAGGAGACCGCGUGAUCACAGUGAAGCAAGUAGAGAGCCUCAAAAGCCUAAUCAAGCUGUUACCCCUGUGGUCGACCGGUCUAUUACUCUGCACUCCUCUAGCCAUCCAGCUGAGCCUAACCGUGAUCCAGGCGCUAACCAUGGAUCGCCAUCUAGGGGGGCGUUUCAAGGUCCCUGCAGGCUCCAUGCCGGUCUUCAUUCUAGUCUCGACCUCACUCUUCAUCUUCAUCAUAGACCGCGUGGCGCUCCCCCUGUGGGAGAGAGUCACAACAAGGCCUCUCACGCUUCUCCAACGCGUUGGCAUCGGACACAUCCUCACCAUCGCCAGCAUGGCAGCCUCGGCAGCAGUGGAGAGGAAGAGGCUGAGAUCAGUGGUGGGAAAGGAUGGGAUUGUUGGCAUGUCAGCAAUGUGGCUAGUGCCACAGCUGGCCAUUGCUGGUUUAGGAGAGGCAUUCCAUUUUCCAGGGCAAAUUGCACUUUACUAUCAAGAAUUUCCAGAGACACUGAAAACUACAUCAACUGCAGCUGUUGCAUUGUUUAUUGGGAUUGCUUUCUAUUGCAGCAAUGCCAUAAUUGAUCUUGUGAGAAGUGUGACAACAUGGCUGCCUGAUAAUAUUAAUGAUGGGAGGUUAGAUAAUUUGUAUUGGUUGUGUUGUGUUUUAGGAGGGCUGAAUUUAUGUUACUUUAUUGUUUGUUCAUCAUUGUAUAAGUGCAAGAGUGUUGAGGAAUCAUCCAGUGACGAUUAAGGAAAGUAGUAUUAUAAAGUUUUUUUUCAAAUGCACAAUAA